GUACCGGUGUUGCGUUCGUCGUCGUACCCCUUUGCCGUCGCGCCGUUUCUUCCUAAACGGUGAACACUUUUGUGAACGAUACGUAGCCGCUAUGUUGUUUAUCGCGUUUCAGUGACAAAACACGGACGACAGCCCGAGAAACGGUGGCAGAAAGAGUGACACGGUGAAGUGCUGCGAGGGACAGAGAAACCGGACCAGAAACGGUACUCUCAAGAGAAGGACUCUACAAGACGGGAGUCGUGUGAACACGCGGGCCAUGCCCUUGGUCAUCCCCCGCAGGUCAACAACCAGGCUGAUAUUUGUUAAGAAUUAAAAGGCACUUUAAGCUUCAAUGGUCAAGAUGACCGCUGAGAAGAUAUUAAGAUGGAUAUCGUACACUCUCAUUGUGAGCGAAUGCCACAACUGGAAAGGACACGACGACGGUUCGAAGCUGAUACGGAUCAAUGGCGACGUUAUCCUAGGUGGAAUUUUUCCAAUGCACGAACAGGUAUCUGGUGUCGGCCAGUCGCCGUGCGGUGCGGUGAAAGAAGAGAAAGGGAUGCAGCGUAUGGAAGCAAUGCUCUACGUUCUUGAUGAGAUAAACGCGGACACUGAAUUAUUACCCAAUACCACCUUGGGUGCGCUCAUCCUUGACUCUUGUAGCAGCGAUACUUAUGCCCUCGACCAAAGUAUGGAAUUUGUACGAUCAUACAUGAACCAAGAUAUAUCGGAGUACAAAUGUGAAAACGACACGCUACCGACGUACGAGCCUCACAAACCAGUAACUGGCGUCAUUGGAGCUUCCUCUAGCGGCGUUUCGAUCAUGAUCGCCAAUAUUUUAAGAUUAUUCAAGAUACCGCAAAUAAGCUACGCAUCGACGACCAUAGAGCUGUCAGACAAAAGUCGCUUCGAAUAUUUUAGUAGGGUGGUGCCGCCAGAUAAUUUCCAGGCACAGGCGGUGGUGGAAAUAAUUGAUCAACUCGGAUGGAAAUACGUUUCCACAGUUGCAGUCGAGGGUGAUUACGGAGAGAAGGGAAUUGCCAGUUUUAUCUCUAUGUCGAUUGAAUACGGCAUCUGCGUUGCAGUGAGCGAGAAAAUUUUAAGGAACGCGAAGAACGAAGACUUCGACAAAAUAAUCGAUCGUCUUAGUUCGAAACACAACGCCAGAGGCGUCAUUCUGUUCGUCGACGAGGACAAUAUAAGAAAGCUUCUUCAAGCAACUGUCAGAGCCAAUCGCACGGGCCAUUUUAUGUGGGUGGGGAGUGAUUCAUGGGGCGCAAAAGUAUACCCGGUAAGGCAUCAAGAGUUCGCGGCAGAGGGCGCGAUUACAAUUUUACCUCAUCGAACAUCCCUUGAAGAUUUCGACAAUUAUUAUUUAAAUCUUCGCCCGAGAGUGGAUAACGAAUGCGAGGGUCAAACAGAAAGUAACGUGCCGCACAAAGAGUUACCCGGGAAAAUGGUGAAUUGCCGUAAUGUUUGGUUCCGUGAAUUUUGGUCCCAGCAUCACAAAUGCAGUUUCAGCGCGAACUUAUCGGAAGGAAUACGACGUUGCAAUGGUAGCGAGGAAUUAACUAAUUACGAACAAGAAGGUUUAGUACCGUUUGUGGUUGAUGCAGUAUCUGCGAUGGCGCAUGGCGUGCAUAAUUUAAUUCAGGAAGAAUGUGUGAACGAAACAGUACACGAAUUGUGUGAGAAACUUCGUCCAGCUCCGGAUGGCCAACAACUUCUUCAAUACAUUCGGAAUGUUAGCUUUAUCGGUCGCCGAGGUACAGAAAUUAAAUUCAAAGCAGAUGGUGACGCGUAUGGAUUUUAUAACAUAUAUCAAUACCAGAGAAACAAAGACGAUACAUUCGAUUACGUUCUUAUCGGCACAUGGAAAGAAGUAUUACAACUUUAUGUCAACAUGACGAAAUGGGCAAUGGGGGCUGGUGAAGCGUACAUUCCUCGAAGUUUAUGCAGUGAUAAUUGUCCUUUCGGUCAUGUACGCAAUUUCCAGGAUGCCUGUUGCUGGAAUUGCGUUGCAUGCCGAGAAGACUCUUACGUUUUCAAUGACACUUGUCGCAGCUGUGGUCCCGGCUAUGCGCCAGAUGAGACUAUGACAAAUUGUGUGAAACUCACAGCCGAAGUCAUUCCGUGGUCCAGUCCAUGGGCAUUAGUGCCAUUAAUAUUUGCCUCCAUUGGCAUACUCAGCACUUUGUUUACCACGAUCGUAUUCAUUCGUUAUAAUCGUACCCCUGUAAUUAUGGCAUCAGGACGCGAGUUAUGUUACGUAUUGUUGGUAGGAAUUCUCUCAUGCUAUGGUAUGAGUUUCGUGAUAUUAAGCAAGCCAACAACGUGGAAUUGUACAUAUCUGAGAAUCGGUUUGGGUCUAUGUUUGAGCAUCUGUUACAGCGCGAUAUUGACUAAGACAAAUCGAAUAUCGCGCAUUUUCAAUCAGGAAACAAAGAGUAUAAAAAGACCUGCUUACACGUCGCCCAAAAGCCAAGUUGUGAUCGCAAUUGGGAUCACUGCAGUGCAAUUAGUAGGUGCUAUCGUGUGGCUCAUUAUCGAACCACCGAACACCACGGAAAUCCAUCCUUACCCGUUAUCGGCAGUACUUACAUGCCGUGUCUCGACGUUCUCUCUGAUGAUGUCCCUUGUGUACAACAUGUUUCUAAUACUGAUGUGUACUUUGUACGCAUUCAAAACACGAAAAAUCCCGGAGAACUUCAACGAAGCGAAAUACAUUGGUUUUACAAUGUAUUCGACCUGCAUCGUGUGGUUAGCUUUCGUACCGAUCUAUUUUGGCUCGAACAACGACUACAAGGUACAGAUAGCAAGUAUGUGCAUGUGCAUCAACAUCUCUGCAUCGGUGGCACUCGGUUGCCUCUUCACACCGAAAGUUUAUCUAGUACUGUUCCAACCGUACAAAAAUGUUCGACCUGGACACGCCAACACGGGUGCACUACAAAGCGGCAACCGUGUCGUAUACAGUAUGCGAUUUUCCGGUGGUCGCAGCCAGACAAUGCAGAGCAUGACCUCUUGUUCUCGCAGUAGUCCACCGCCAUCGCGUCCUGGCCAGGACGAGAUGAAACAUGCGAACGGUGAGACACAAGCACUGGCGAGCCCAUCUGUCGAGGAGACCUCGGUUAGCUAGGUCUCUCUCAUACACCUCCCUCCCUGUCUAGAGUGUCAGGAGAGAAAUCGUGAAAUCGCGGUGGAGGUGUAUAACGAUAACAAAGAAGACCGUAAACUC